AUGAAAGUUUUUCAAAAAGCCUCAAGUCGAUUUUAUUCAACAAUCUCUGUCGGUCUAAAAGAAAACUAUGGAAGAAUAGCUUUUAAUCGUCCAGAGAAAUACAAUUGCAUCAAUAUCGAUACUUUUCAAGAAAUUCCACUCGCGUUGAGAAAACUUGACGAAGAUGAGAGCGUAAAAUUCGUGGCUUUGACAGGAGAAGGAAAAUUCUACAGCGCGGGAAAUGACAUCAACAACUUCAGCUACAUCUAUGGCAGUGAAGAUGGAACGGAGCUUUCCCGCCAAGUGAUCGACAACUUUGUCAAAGCAUUUAUUGAGUUCAAAAAGCCACUGAUUGCAAUUUGCAAUGGACCAGCUAUUGGAAUAUCCGCUACGACGCUGACUCUGUGCGAUGCUGUUUGGGCCAGCGAAGAUGCCUAUUUCUUGACACCGUUUACUAAGCUUGCCCAAGGUCCCGAGGGAUGCAGUUCAUCAACAUUCCCGAAAAUUAUGGGAUCUUCUCUGGCUAGCGAAAUGCUUUUAUUCAACAAGCAAAUGUCCGCUCAAGAAGCAAAAGAUUGUGGCUUGGUCAGCCGUCUAAUCUCUUCCGAAAACUUCGAGGAGCAAGUCAAUGCGAUGCUUGAAGAAAUUGCUGAGCUCCCACCACAAGCGAUGGUGCUCGGGAAAUCUUUAGUAAAGAAUCAGGCGAAGGUUGAGCAUUUGCUGAAAACAGCUACUGCCGAGAAUUAUGGAUUGAAGGAAAGAUGGGAAUCGCCAGAGUGUAAAGACGCUGUACAAGCCUUUUUCAAUCGAAAAUGA